CGCCACGACCUUUCCUAGGGUGAUGUUAGCGAGUAAGCCCGAGGGCACGCGGCCGCUCUCGGGUGUCGCGACGACGGCACUCUUGGCCACGUCAGACGCCGAAGCGAGACGGCCUAUUGACGACGCGUACCUGACUGUGCUCCGCGACCGCCCGACAACGCCGGAAGGGCCCGCGAAGCUGUAUGUGUUGCAGCUUCAUGGUCAAAACGUCUCGUCCAUCGACGAGAUCUUUACUACCGUGUCCCCUCGGCACCUCGUCGCUCUCUACCUCCAGCACAACGUCAUUGGCGCGAUCGAUGCGCUUCUUGUUUGUGCCAAGACGCUGCGCGUCCUCAACCUUGCCUCCAACGUCCUCACGGCGCUGCCAGGCGGCUCGUUCUGGGCUGCGUUCUCGGCUCUCUCGGUGCUCGAUGUCUCGGACAACUACAUUGCCAAGUGGCGCGACGUCGCCGGCUUGGAAGCAGCGACGAGCCUCGAGCUCUUGCGUCUUGCGGGCAACCCGAUCGCGCUCCUCGAGGCGUCUCGGACCGUCAUCGUCAACCGCCUUCCUUUCUUGCGCGCCCUGGAUGCCUACGUGGUUACGGACGAAGAGCGUAUCCAGCAAGCCCGUAUAAUGACGACCAUAUACGCAUCCUGGAGGGCUCAAAAUUCUCGUCCAUUAGAGUUUGGGCCGCGCUUCAGUGCUUUACAUGCGUCGAUGCUCUGCAGGCUCUGGACCCCGUGGGAAGCCAAACCCGUUGCCGUCGACGCCAAGGUGCGUACUGCACUCUGCAAGACGCUAUCGGCGCUCCACCGGCAGUACGAGCGCAACAGGUCAGCUCGUUGCAGCACACGGUGUCUCGGCAUCCUCGCUAUUGGUAGUCCUGUCUUGAUCGUCCAGCGCGUCUACCGAGGGUACCGAGCGCGCAAACACGGCCUCAGAACGCUCCGAAGCAUGCUUGCCGCCGUGCGACGCAUUCAGCGCAACAUUCGAGGUUGGGCCUUUCGCCGCUACCUUUUGAGACAGCUGUGUCUCGUGGUAACCAACCACGGCGACGAAGCCCUCUUGGUCUCGACGCUGCGAAAGCAAAAGCAACGCGCGAUUCCCAAAAUCAUGUCGGUGUGGCUCCGCCGCCGACGCAUCUACCUCCGCAACAAGGCCGCGCUGCGCAUCAAGCAGUUUCUGCGCGCAGCUGUCGCUGCGAUCCAAGCAAUGCGCGCUCGGCUCCUUGCGUCCCCAUGGACUUUAGCGAUCGUGUGCACGCCGGCAUCGCUGCCUACGGUUCUUGCCGUCGCCAAGAUUGCCGCCCACCGCGAACACCACGCGUGGGGUAUCCCUGGCUGCGCACUAACCAGCCGCGUCGUUGCCACCGGCCCCAUUGUCGUUCGGCCUUCAGGCUAUCAUUUUCACCACGUUUUUGCGCAGUUGCAGCGUCCGCGACACUUGGCGCGGAGUCCGUGUGUUUUAACCAAGUGCGACGACAUGACGCUGCUCCAGAGCCAGCUCCACCUCUUGCGCGACGACGCCGAGCAGCUAUCGGCGCUGCGACCGCGAGAGAGCACGCCGCUGCAUCGACAGCACAUUGCCGCUCUUCGCCACGAGGUGGCCCAGCGAAUUCGCCUUCUGGACGCCACGCUUCAGUCGACGAUCCAAACCCAUGCCGCGCGGCUGACAUGCAAGGCACGGAAGCGAGCUGUUCGGAUCCGAGCCCGCGGUGUCCAGUACGAAGCUAGGAGUGACAUGGUACUCCAACGCUUGCAUAGAAACCCCAAGCACGUCACGCCGACGCGGCGCGAUCUACCGCCGCCGACUACGUACGAGACGCUUCUGACCUUUGUCCCCACGUCGUUUGCCAUGUACUGGCGCAUGCUGUACUUGCUCCGCCGGUCGCACGGCUUCGACGACAACGUGCUCUGCAUCUACUCGCAGGACGACGUCCGCCGCCUCGCUGCGGCCGCACGCAUUCAGAGCGUCUACCGGUCGUACCGCACGCGCCAGCGCACCCAGUUUGCCGCUGCGUUUCUACAAGCCCGCGCGACACUCUGUCUCCAGCGGUGGUGGCGCAACACGCUGUACAUUUACCGGGUGCUCGCACAAUGGACGCAUUGUCUGCGAACGGUGGCAUCGAUCGACUCGAACGUGUUGUAUGUGGAAGAGCGUGUCUUGACACUCUUGCGUGCCCCCGCGAUGCUUGAAAUGGUCAUGUCGUCGUUGCCCACGCGGGCGUCGCACCACUGGAGGUUCAAGUUUACGCACAAGGCGCUGCAUAUUCCCAUCACGCUCGAAGAGAGCUUGUCGCGCCUGCCCGAAGACGAGCAACAGCAAUACCUUAGCACGUUCCUCGUCGACAAUGGACUGCACCGCGUUGGGUUUCCCCUCUGGAUGCCCAGCACACCCUUCCAUGAGAUUGUCGGUCGGGAAGAAAAGCAUGGCUCCAAAGACCAGGCCAGCCACCUCUUUUCUAUCGGCGUCAACGAGGUGCCGGCCAACGACGUGUUCUUAAAGCCGCUCUUGAGCUCGUGUGAUCCAAAGUUUGGUCGAUUCCAGACAUGCCUCGACGUCGUCGCCGACAGCUACGCGCUAUGGAACCAUUCAGAGGCCGAUACGGUGCCCAUGGCGUGGGGCAAAACGUGCGGCGUGCCCAUGGUCAAGCUCGAGUUUGACUCGGUCCAAGAAGCUCGGCACCGCGCCGUUGUGCUGCUCCUCAAGACAUACGACGCGCGCACGCAGACGUAUGCGCGUCUGUUUACAUACUCGAUGCUGCGGUACCUCUGGCUGGACAAGCCGACAUGUCUGCGGUCCGGCCAUGUCUUUUCGAGCCACUGGCACGCGCUUCGUCUCGCACUGCCGUCGCGUUGGGGUACUUUUUACCGCGAGUCCGUCGCCACAAGCCGAGACCGACGCGGGUGUCCGACUGCGGGCUCAUCGCACUUGGCGCGCCUCGCACGCUUGAGUGACCAGCCCCUUCUCGACUUGUCGCUCGUCCAGCCGCCACCCAUGCCCACCGACGAUAACAGCAACGACGGGAGCAGCAACAACAACAACACUGCGAGUUUGUCGACACUCUUCCCCGAGGUGGUUCCCGCGACGGUUUACAUCAGCGCGCACCCACCCCGCGACCUUCAGGAGCUCAAGGAGCAGCAGGCACAAGGCAUUCGGCUCGAGACUGCGUACGCCGAGGCCGCGCUCCAAAGCAUCGCAAUGGAAGAGCUGCAAGAAAAGCAGUUGCAGGUCGCCAUACAGCACAUGCCACGCCCGCCGCCACCCAUGGUCACGGAAGUGGCUGCGCGAAAUCGGCACGAGAAGCUCCAGGCCAAGAUGCGCGCUGUCGAGGGCGCGGUGGCGCUCCACCAGCGCGAUCAAGCUCGCGCCAACCAGACUCUGCAUCGCAUGCGACUGACCGAGCGAGCGGCUGAGGCGCGAGCGAUCGACGAGCGCAUCGGCCACUGUGAGCGGGCGGCGGCGAUCGCAGCGCAAAAGGUCGCUGUCGACGCGGCGCUCCAGCGAAAUGCGUACGAGCAGCAACAGCGUCUUCUUAUGCAGCAGCAGAACCGAGCGGUGCAAGCCGCGCUAUCGACGCGCAAGAAGGCACUGCGGGGGUUCGCCCAACGGUUUGGGCAGCAGGCCGUGCGGCUCACGCGUCUCCAAGCGCAAGACGACCGCGACCAAGUGCGUGCGACGCAGGCGACACUCCCCGUGCUGCUCGCGGCCGACACCAAGCACAAACUCGCGGCCGCGCGCGAGUCGGAGCAAACGAAGCGCAGUCAUGCAUUCGUCGAGCGUCAGAAGGCGCGAAUUGAGCAGCGCGAUGAGAUUCGGGAGGCGCUCGAGACGCAGGCGCUGCAGGACGACUACCGCCGACAAGACAUUCGGGAGCGCAUUGGGCGCGAGAAGAAAAUCAAAGCCCACUUGCGAGACGACGCCAACGACAAGCGAUCCAAGCACCACCACACUCUGGACCGUGUCUCGCUCUAGUAUGUCGUCCGUACCAGAUGCAUUUGGCUGGUCGCAUGUCAAGUGCACGUCUUGU